AGAUUCGUCUGUGCUUGCGCUUAUUUGCGGAUCGCCGUGGAGGAGCAUACUCACAGCGCGCAGGAAACAAUUUUUUGUUCAGUUUCAGUUUUGUAGGAAAAACGUUGAGACGCUGUGCGUUUUAGUGAAGGCGCGCAAACACCCAGCCAGCCAGCUAGCUAGCUACAGCGAGUCAAAGUGAGGCCGCAUGGCCGCCGCUAGAAUUUUCAAAACGCAAAACUAACAAUCACAUUACAAUCGCAUAAAUUGGAAAUAAGAACGCAAAAAAAGCCAAGAAAAAAAAACAACGGAAAAAAUUUCAUAAAAAAGUUGUAAAUUUUUUUCGCCGCUGUGGGAAAAAGGUCAUUGAAGCGUGCGAGCUCCAGCUGUGAGCAGCACUAAAAAAAAAAAACUUAUACAUAGAAAUAAAGAAUUUUUAUGAAAAUUCUUGCUCAUAAAAAAAAAGUGUUGCGUAUCAUAAAAGUCAAGAAAAAAAUUUAACCAACAGAGUGCGAAAAUAUUUAUGGAAUACGCGUGUGGGGCGGCGCGGCGUAGCGAGCAGCAAGUCAAUAGCAGCCGAUAGACCGCCAACAAAGGACGUUUGCGUAAGCCUUGAAGGCAGUGAGAAAACUUGUGAGAAUUCUAUGAAAAUAUUGAAAUUGCAUUGAAAAAAAAAAACGGAAUAAUAAAAAAUAAAAUUUCUCAAAUUUCACAAAAGUAUGCUGUACAGAGUGGCGGAGUUCGGUAGAAACAAUCAACGCAAUGUGACUGUAACAAGCGAAAUUUUGAAAAGUGAUGGAAACUUUAGUGAAGAAGAUGAGAAAACGUGAAACUGGCGCGAAGAAAAUUUACCUGAGCUAAGUUUAACGCCUGGCAAAGCAAAAACACUAUUACACAAAUUACACUUUAAAAACAACUAAGAAUACCAAAAUAAGAAAACAUAAAAAAAAAAAUGUUUUAUAUUAAAUACAACUUACUGUGAUUACCCCGACUUCAAAUACAGAUAAUAAGUCCAAACUAGUCUAAUACUCAAAUAAUUCGCCAACAAAAAAACAAGAAAGUUAGUCAAUAUAAAAAAAGUUAUUUAUUUACUAUAAUAAAAAAAUAAAAUUUAGUUCAAAAUAUAAAAUAAAAUACAAAAUAGCCAAAACUCUAUUUGAAAGAUUUUCAAAUGAGCAAUUCGUUGCCGCAUUUUUUAAGCCAGAAACAAAUGGAGUAGACAAAGAAGUAGAAAAGGAUUGACUGAAGAAAUAACACAAAAUUUUCGGCAGCUUACAACAUUGAAAAAAAGUAACAUAAUUCGCGACACCAUACAAUGGGUAUAGAAAGAAGAAAAAAUAAGAAGAAAUUGAAAAGAACAAUUUUUUACGAGAUUAAAUUACUGUGAAAACAUAAUAAAACCAAAGUGAAAAAUAUACAUAUAAAACAAAUUUUAAGUGAAUUUCAAAAAAUGCUGAAACAGCGCUGAAAUAUUUGAAUCACAAAAAAAAAGUUAACUCAAUUUCUAAUUUAAAAAUCUACAAUUACUUGCGUACAGUACAAAUUCAAAAUGAUGAAUAAAAAUUCAGCCAGUUCGCAGUCGCUGCCGCGUGUGCACUCCUUCUUCAAUAUGAUACCUACUGUGCUGCAAGAUGACUUGGCCCUGGCUAUAGUCAAUGAUCCCAACAAUAUGUUUUCAAUAAAAUCACGCAGCCAUGGCGAGGAUCUUAUUGUAACACCAUUUGCCCAAAUUUUGGCCAGCUUACGCUCGGUGCGCAAUAAUCUUUUAAGUCUGACAAAUGUGCAAGCAUCUAAUAAAUCCAGGCGGCCAACACAAUCGUCCAGCGUGGGACGUGCAGCAGCCGCUGCCGGCGUUCAAUUGGUUCAGGGCGAUGAAUCCUACACCCGCUUGGCUACAGACACAAUCGAGGAGUUGGAUUGGUGUUUGGAUCAGCUGGAGACCAUACAGACACAUCGCAGUGUAUCGGACAUGGCAUCGCUCAAGUUCAAGCGUAUGCUCAAUAAAGAAUUAUCACACUUCAGCGAGUCGAGCAGAUCUGGCAAUCAAAUAUCAGAAUAUAUUUGUUCAACAUUUUUGGACAAACAACAAGAGUUGGAUUUACCCUCGAUGCGCGGCGACGACAACCCCGACCAACUUAGCAUGCUUACCCAGCAUCAGCGUUGCCGUUCGCCACGUGGUCCGCCCAUGUCACAAAUAUCGGGCGUGAAACGACCACUCUCCCAUACGAACUCAUUCACCGGCGAACGACUGCCCACAUUCGGUGUGGAAACGGUGCACGAGAAUGCGCUCGGCACACUGCUCGGCGACAUCGAUACGUGGGGCAUUGACAUAUUCAAGCUUGGCGAUCUGAGUGCCAAUCGUCCGCUCACCUGUGUGGCAUACACCAUAUUUCAGAGUAGGGAAUUACUGACCAGUCUUAUGAUACCACCGAAAACUUUUAUUAAUUUUAUGACUACUCUGGAGGAUCAUUAUGUUAAAGACAAUCCGUUUCACAAUUCACUGCAUGCGGCCGAUGUGACACAAAGUACAAAUGUACUGCUCAAUACACCAGCGCUGGAGGGCGUAUUCACAUCGUUAGAAGUGGGCGGAGCAUUGUUUGCUGCUUGUAUACACGAUGUUGAUCAUCCUGGUUUAACAAAUCAAUUUUUAGUUAAUUCAAGUUCCGAAUUAGCCUUAAUGUAUAAUGACGAAUCUGUUUUGGAAAAUCAUCAUUUAGCAGUUGCCUUUAAAUUAUUACAAAAUCAAGGAUGUGAUAUAUUCUGUAAUAUGCAAAAGAAACAACGCCAAACAUUAAGGAAGAUGGUUAUCGAUAUUGUUCUAUCAACGGACAUGUCUAAACACAUGAGCCUACUGGCCGAUUUAAAGACUAUGGUCGAGACGAAGAAGGUCGCCGGUUCCGGUGUGCUAUUGCUGGACAACUACACCGAUCGUAUACAGGUGCUCGAAAAUCUGGUACAUUGUGCCGAUUUGAGUAAUCCAACUAAACCGUUGCCAUUGUACAAACGCUGGGUCAGCCUACUAAUGGAGGAGUUCUUUUUGCAGGGCGAUAAAGAACGUGAAUCGGGCAUGGAUAUUAGUCCCAUGUGCGAUCGUCAUAAUUCAACAAUCGAAAAAUCGCAGGUCGGAUUUAUCGAUUAUAUUGUGCAUCCAUUGUGGGAGACAUGGGCCGAUCUGGUGCAUCCAGACGCACAGGAUAUACUUGAUACGCUUGAAGAGAAUAGAGACUAUUAUCAGAGCAUGAUACCACCAUCACCACCACCAUCGACGGCUGACGAUCAACCCUCCGACGAUAAGAUACGAUUUCAAGUGACACUUGAAGAAUCCGAUCAAGAGAAUUUAGCCGAACUGGAAGAAUGUGAUGAAAGUGAACACAAUAAGACGGAAGUAGCUGAGACGACGACGGCCAUGGGAGAGCAUAAACCGUCGGGGAGUGAAAAUCAAAGUCAUCACGGUGGAAUGUGACGGAGAGUAGCGGGACUAUGUAAGAAAAUCACCGAAAAGGCGCAAAAUUUUUUGCUAAUACGUUAGUUGCAACAACAACUACAAACAGCUAGUGAAAUAAACAAGAACAACAACAACUAAAAUGCCAAAAAAACUACAACAAAAAAAAAUCAAAAAAAUAAUAAUUUACAAAAAUGCAAUUUUUUUGCAACAAAAAAAUAAAUAUUCAAAAAACUCACUCAACAAAAUAAAAACAAAAUAAAAUAGAAGAAAAGAAUGUUAACACUAAGGACAAAAUGUUUAAGGAACGCAUGGAAGAAUGAUGAAGAAAUUAUACAUAUACAAUAUAUAGAAAUUUCAUGGUGGCAUAACCAAGACAAAGAAGAAGAAUAGUUAGAAGAAGAAGAAAAACAAAAACAAACAAAAAACAGAUAUGUAAAAGUAAAAAGCAAACAGUCUAAUAAGAAGAAGGAAAGGAAAGCAUAAUUUUACUUUAAACCUGAAAAAUUGCCAAGAAAACAUAAAAAGGAAAGAAACACACACACACACACGCAUACAUACAUAUGUACAUACAUAAAUACAAACAAAUUCAGCACAAAUGUAUAACAACCAAUGAAACUACCACAAAGACAGGCAUGCAUGCAUACUUACAGAUACAAACAUAAACCUAAAUAUUUUUUUAACUAAUUUUUUAAGUUGAAAAAUCCAUUGCAGCAGAAUUUAUUUCAUUCAUUUACAAUCAAUCAAGCCGAACAUCUCAAUUGCAGUAUAGACAAAAUGGCAGCAACUUUCGUGCAGAUAUAACAGGCACAUGCCAUUAUAGCGACGGCAGACAAAACAAUUAAACUACAUAAAUGUAAUAAACAACAACAAAAAGACGAAACGCAAGGUUGUAAUAGAAAACUUAAAUUUUUUUCAUGCUAAAAAUGGAAAAUUGUAAAACGUAGUGACGACUGGAAGCAGCCCUAAUAGCAAGACUCUCCAACAAAACGCUUACCUUGUUUGACCUUCAAUUUCGAAUCCUUAAAACGCAACUACGCUCAAUAGUAACAUACAAAUGUAGAGAGAAUUAACAACAAAAUGAUUGCACAAUAAUAUUGAAAAGAAAAAAUGGCUGAAGUUUGGCAAAAAUUUGACUUGACUACAAAAAUAAAUGCUGACUACAUACAUACAUACGUAUUUUCAAAUGACUUGACGCAAGCCUAAAUAAUUUCGGCAAUAUUAUAAACUUAACGAUAGAUUUAAAUGCGUAAAAAUGAACGAUUUGUUUAAAAAAAAAAAAAACUAUUUUAUGCUGCUCAAUAAGUUUUGAAUGAAUGAAAAGCUGCGUUGCGAAAGGAUUACGACAUCGAGAGACGUGAAACAAAAAAUUCAAAUACACUUUUAUAAAAUAAAUUUGAUAAACAAUUUUUACUUCUAUUUUUUUAAGAUUGCAUUUUAGAAAAUUUAAAACUAUUAUUUAUUAAAUUUAUGAAAUCUCUAUACAUAUACUACCUACAUUGUGGUUUGCAUGUACACAAUUGUUAUUAGUAAGUUUUAAAAUUGUAAAAUUCAAUUCUUUUUUGUACCAAUUAUAUUUAUUUUAACACGUUGAAAUAAUGGAAAAUAGAAAUUGCAAAUUGAAACAUGAAACAUGAAAGAAAAAAUCAUGAAAUACAGUAUACUGAGAAAACAAUCUAUAUGUACUCCUUUUUUAAGUACUGACAAUGUAGAAAAAUUUUAAAAUUUUCAAGACAAAAAUGCAAGCAAGCUAAGUGCGUUGGCUUUGUAAAAUCAAAACAAAUUUAAAAAAGGCAAAGGUUCUUAAAAUACUACAAAUUUUUGAAACUUUGUUGAGUCUAUAAAUACUUCCUAAAAGCCUUCGUUAAGUAAUUUUCUUUAUGGAAAAAUCGCUUUUCUUCCAUGCUGGCUUAGCACUUCUGUUGAUAAAAUACGCCUGCACAUUUUAAGCUUUGCAUUUGUAAUGUAUAGCUUUUGUAGAAUUUUCAAACGCGGUUGUACAUUACAUGUUAAGAAAAAAAAAACAAUGACAAGAGUUUUUUAAAAUCGGACUUUUUUUUGCACUAUUAAAGCUCAGGGCCGUUCAAUUCUCAAAGUUUUAAUAACUAUAACUGAUAUCAACAAGUUUAAACUCAGUUUUAAAAUUAUAAACCUCAAAAGCUCUUUUGUAAAUUAAAAGCUUUUCGAAAAAAUUUAAUAAUCCCUUUUUGAAAGCGGAAAAUUUUCGCACUAUUAAAAUGACCGCCUCUGAAUUUUUAAGGUUUUUAAAAUGGUAAUAAGUUUCACAUAAUUUAAGCUUAAUUUUGAGCUUUUAUAGAGUUUUCAGAAUUAUAAAAGGAUUGCGGUGACUGUUAAGCUAGUCUUUGUUGAAGUUAGUUAAAUGUGAAGUCUGUGUAAAACUCCAAAUCCCUCCUCUUUGUAUGACAACAUCAAGGUGCACACCACAAAUCGGAGGAAAAGUUGGGAAAAGUAUUGGCAAUGGAUGUAUGUAUGCGCCGAAUAUUUAUUUGUUUUAAUUAAAAUUCAAAGUCCGAAAAGCUGUUUCGUAGCUCGAAAGUUUUCAAAAAAUGGUAAAAUAUACAUAUUAGUUUUUGAAAAGCCUUCCUAUAUGUAAUUUUAAGUCAUUUAAACUUCAGAAAUUACUUGCUUGUAUUAUUAAAGCUCCCAAAAAGUUUAAUGCUAAAAAAAUGCCAGAAGA